AGUCUAGCAGCGGGCGCAGAGGCAGCGUCAGUCUCGGCCGUCUCGCUAUCGCGUUUUUCUGUUAGCUGCUCCGACGUGUCCGUGCAUUUCCCGUCAGCAGAUCAUUUGCUUCCGACCCGUCGUCACUGUUUGUUCGCACGUCGCACCGCAUUUGCGUUUUGUGCGCGCGCGCCCGUCCGUCUGCUCUAAAGUUUUAAAUCGGAUAGAUAUACGUAUUGCAUAUUAUUGCAAGCCGUCGUCCGAGUGUGUGCGCGCGCCUGCUGGUCGUUUGUUCGUUUUGCGCGCGCGCGUACUCGCGUUAAAAUCGUGUACUAUCUAUAAUAUUAUAGUUAUUAUUAUUAUUACUUUAUAUCGCUCAAGGAGUGUGUGCGCGAGUACGUUUACCCAGUGCGAACCGACGAAAUUCACUUUUUUCGUUUCCCUCCCCUCCCCCCAUCGUUUUGCCGCGUUGUAGCGGUUUCAAUCGCGUCUCUGUGGUGAAAAUACGAUGCGGUCGGUCGAUCGGUGUGGCCCACAGUCGUGGUAAAUCCCUCGGAAAAUCCCUCUACACCCGAUCUCCUAGGAGGCAAAAAGAGUCUGUCGAAAUAGUACCAUUGCGGUAUUGCUGCCCGUUCGUUGCACUUGGCACGUAUCGAUCGCGCGUCAACCGAACGACGACGGUGAUGCCGCCGCCGAACUGCGGUAUCCGUCCGGGUGUGACCGCUGUAACUGUUACGGUUGUGCGUGGAGUGAGAAUAGCAGUCGCAGUAGCGGCGGCAGAUUAAGCUUGCCGAGCGAUGCCGGCCAGUGGCCGCGGACUGGACCCGACGGCCGCCGCGGUAGCAGCAGCAACAGCCGUCGCGAUCAAGAAAACUUCGCUGGAAAGCGGUGACGAUUCGGAAGAGGAAAGCGAAAUCCUGGAGGAGAGCCCUUGUGGCCGGUGGCUGAAAAGACGUGAAGUGGUGGAGCAACGAGAUGUUCCCGGAAUCGAUUGCGCGUACUUGGCCAUGGACACUGAAGAGGGCGUGGAGGUGGUGUGGAACGAGGUGCAGUUCUCGGAGCGCAAAAACUACAAGGCCCAAGAAGACAAGAUCCGGCAAGUGUUUGAAAGCCUCACACAACUCCAGCAUCCCAACAUCGUGAACUUCCAUCGGUACUGGACGGACACGCACAACGACAAACCACGCGUCAUAUUCAUCACAGAAUACAUGUCUUCUGGCUCGUUGAAACAGUUCCUAAAACGUACCAAACGCAACGUGAAGAAGAUUUCACUGACCGCGUGGAAACGAUGGUGCACGCAAAUCCUAUCGGCCCUAAGUUACUUGCAUUCAUGUUCACCGCCCAUCAUCCAUGGGAAUCUGACCUGUGACACGAUAUUUAUCCAACACAAUGGACUCGUGAAAAUAGGAUCAGUUGCUCCGGACACCAUUCACGUGCACAUCAAGACUUGCCGGGAAAACAUGAAAAACAUGCAUUUUAUUGCACCUGAAUGCGGAAAUUUUGUGACACCCGCCAUCGAUAUUUAUGCGUUUGGAAUGUGCGCGUUGGAAAUGGCCACGCUGGAGAUACAGGGCAACGGCGACAGUGGUACGCUUGUUACGCAAGACCACAUCAAUCGCACGAUCGAGUCGCUGGACGAUCCACUGCAAAAGGACCUGAUCUACCAGUGUCUAACGGCUGAUUUUGAGAAACGUCCGACGGCGCGAACGUUACUCUUCCACCCCGUACUGUUUGAGGUGCACGCGUUGAAAUUACUUGCGGCGCACGCUCUGGUCAAGACUGAACAUUUUGCCGACAGACUGUCUGAUGAGGUAUAUCCUCAAGAAAAAGUAAUUGCUGACAUUGUGCACCCCGACGAUGAAACUCGAUCGGUCCAGUUCAAAAUGUCUGAUGUCCCAGAGAGCAACAAACUUGAAAAGUUCGUCGAAGACGUCAGGUUUGGCAUUUACCCGUUGACUGCUUACGCCUUGGAAGCGGGACCUGUGCGGCUUACUACGUACCAGCCUCAGAGUCCGACCGGUUCCAUGGAUCAGUCUAUCCCGUCGGAUAGAAGUAGCUCUGGGCCUAUCGACGUCGAAGUCAGACGUAUCGUCAACACGAUGUGCAACAUCAAACCCCGAGACGAUGCUCAAAAUGACUUUAUGAUGACAAUUCUACUGCGGAUGGAUGACAAAAUGAAUCGUCAACUAACGUGUUCUAUAACAGACGCGGACACUGCGUUGUCUCUCUCCCAAGAAUUAGUGCACUUCGGCUUCAUCAACGAGUCGGACAAAGACAAGAUAUACGUAAUCAUCGAAGAGACACUUUCUGAGGGUCCUCAUUACAAGGAAGACGACGAUCAAUCGUCAAUUCCCGUGGAAGUCGAAUCAUCGCCACCGUUGCAGAAACGAUCGUCAGCACCUGCCACUCCGUCGUCGUCGUCCAGGCCCAGUGUCAUACGGUCGCCAGUAAAACGCGACGGCAGUUAAUGAUAGCUACGUGGCCAACUCAAGUUGGUCACUCGGUUUCGUCCAACCCGUCGUCUAUCGACGACGAGCCCGCGGCAACGAACCGCGUACCGUUUAUAUUCGCUUCUUCCAAGUUUAAAAAGUAUAAAAAACACAUUACAGUGCGUCAUCGUUACGAUAACGUCAACUAUAUUUCAUCCGCGUCAAUUCAAACCAAACAAAACGUGCGAAAAACAAAAGCGAAUUCAAUAAAAAUGACCUCCUCUUGCAUAUUAUACGUUAUACUCGUCGAUUUUAUAAAACACACACACACACACACACAUAUGUAUAAUGUGUAUAAAUAUAUGCUUACACUUAUAUAUAUUAUAAUAUAAUAAAACGUAAAAACGUAGACUUGAGUCAUUAUGUUAUGCGUGUGUAUUAUAUAUAUAUACAUACAUAUAUAUAUAUACAUAUCCAUAUAUAAAUAUAUAUAUAUGCAUGUAUGUACGAGAGUAUAUUAUAUAUUCGAUUACGAUAAGCUUAAUAUUUUUUACUGAAUAUUAAUAAUAUAAUAAUAAUAAUAAAGAUAACGAUAAUAAUAAAAUAAUGUUUAAUUAGAAUAUGGUAAAAGACACCUAAAUUAUUUGUUUUAUAUAAUAAAUAUUAUAUUAUACUCAAUAUUAUAUUCAAUUAUUCAAUAUCCGUCGUACAAUUUUUAUUGUUAAUCACAUCAUAUUCAUUCCAACCAAAAAAAAUAAUAAUAAAAAGAUUUUAAAAGAAUCGCUCAAUGUAAUUUUUAUAUAAUUAUUUAUUUUAUUUUAUUAUUUUUUUUUUUUAAUUAUUAUUAUUGAUGCUUUUAUUCAACGUGCUCUAUUUAUUAUUAUUGUUCACAUUCAUCAUUUAAACAUAUUAUUAUUAUCUUUUCUCAAACUCGUCGUUCAGUUACCUGUCUUUUUCGGCCAAUUAUGUAUUAUAUUAUAUUAUGUAUGGUCUCAAAAGUCGUAUGACCUUCCGCUAUUUACACUGUGUACAUGUAGAACUAUCUUAACACGUUUACUAUGUACCAAUUUAUGUCAUUCGCCUAACAAAUGUACCGUGUGUUGCGUUCAAAAUGUGAUAUGUUUUUAAUUAAAAAAAAAAAGAAGAGAAAAUAUAUUAGAUUUAGGCUUAAUUAUAUUUUACUUAUGAUUUUUGAAUAUUAUGAUGAAUAUUACGUGUACAUUAUUAAUGAUGAAUUAAAAACUGUGAUACUUACAACUAAA